AUGGCCACUUCCCCUUCUUUCAGUUUUGUACUCUUUUGCAUCCUCUUCCACUUUGUGUGCCUCACUAGUCUUGCUUCUGUUUCUUCACUUCCUUUUUCUUUGAGAAAGCAAGCUUCUAUCUUGGUUUCUUUGAAACAAGAUUUUGAAGCUGCUAACUCUUCUUUGAGCACCUGGGACAUGUCUAGCUACUUGUCCCUUUGCACUUGGUAUGGCAUUCAAUGUGACCAUAAUAACAGGUCUGUGGUGUCACUUGAUAUAUCCAAUUUGAAUGCUUCUGGGUCACUUUCACCUUCCAUCACAGGACUCUUCACCCUUGUCAAUGUUUCACUCCAAGGAAAUGGGUUUUCUGGAGAUUUCCCAGCUGAUAUUCACAAGCUUGCACAGUUGAGAUUCCUCAACAUAUCCAACAAUAUGUUCAGUGGGAACUUGAGUUGGGAAUUCUCACAAUUGAAAGAGCUUGAAGUGCUAGAUGCUUAUGACAACAAUUUCAAUGGCUCACUUCCUGAGGGUGUCACUAAGCUCCUUAAGCUCAAGCACUUGAAUUUUGGUGGGAAUUACUUCUCAGGGAAAAUCCCUCCAAGCUAUGGAAACAUGGGGCAGCUCAACUUUCUGUCUCUUGCAGGAAAUGAUUUGAGUGGUUUCAUACCCAGUGAGCUUGGAAAUCUCACUAAUCUGACCUAUCUUUACUUGGGAUACUUCAAUCAAUUUGAUGGUGGAAUUCCUCUUCAUUUUGGUAACCUGAACAAUUUGGUUCAUCUAGACCUUGCAAAAUGUGGCUUGGAAGGUUCAAUUCCAGCUGAGUUGGGCAACCUCUACAAGUUAGACACACUCUUCUUGCAAACUAAUCAGCUUAGUGGUUCAAUCCCACCCCAGCUAGGAAACUUGAGUAGCUUGAAAUUUCUUGAUCUAUCAAUCAAUGAACUCACAGGAGAUAUCCCAAAUGAGUUCUCAGGCCUUCAUGAACUUAUCCUCUUGAACUUAUUCAUCAACAGGUUUCAUGGAGAAAUUCCUCAGUUCAUUGCUGAGCUACCAAAAUUGGAGGUGCUGAAGCUGUGGCAGAACAACUUCACUGGUGAAAUUCCUUCAAAGCUUGGCCAGAAUGGAAGAUUGACUGAGCUUGACUUGUCAACAAAUAAGCUCACUGGUUUAGUGCCAAAAUCUCUAUGCCUUGGAAAGAUGCUGAAGAUUUUGAUCUUGCUAAAAAAUUUUCUGUUUGGAUCUUUGCCUGAUGGUCUUGGUCAAUGUUACACACUCCAAAGAGUUCGUUUGGGUCAGAACUAUUUGACUGGGCCACUUCCACAUGGUUUUCUGUAUUUGCCUGAGCUAUCACUUGUGGAACUACAGAACAAUUAUCUUAGUGGUGAGGUUCCACAAAAAACAAAUAGUACAUCCUCCAAACUUGAACAGUUGAAUCUAUCAAACAAUAACUUUUCAGGGUCUCUUCCAACUUCAAUUGCAAAUUUUCCCAACUUGCAAUAUCUGCUGCUUAGUGGAAAUAGAUUGUCAGGAGAAAUCCCACCAGAUAUAGGGAGAUUGAAAAGUAUUGUCAAGUUUGAUAUAAGUAUUAACAACUUUUCAGGUAGUAUUCCUCCUGAGAUAGGUAACUGUGUCUUACUCACCUAUUUAGAUUUGAGCCAAAACCAACUAUCAGGCCCUAUCCCAGUUCAAGUUGUUAAAGUUCAUAUAUUGAACUAUCUUAAUGUCUCAUGGAACCACCUAAACCAAAGCCUUCCCAAGGAACUUGGGGCCAUGAAGGGCUUAACUUCAGCAGAUUUUUCUCACAAUAACUUCUCUGGUUCAAUACCUGAAGAGGGACAAUUCUCAGUCUUUAAUUCUACAUCCUUUGUGGGUAACCCUCAGCUCUGUGGAUAUGAGUUCAAACCAUGCAACCUUUCUUCAACUGGGGUAAUGGAGUCUCAAGAAAAAAGUGCAAAACCUGGAGUCCCUGGACAGUUUAAGUUCCUUUUUGCAAUGACAUUGUUGGGAUGCUCAUUGUUGUUUGCAACCUUAGCCAUCAUCAAGAGUAGAAAGGCAAGGAGGCACUCCAAUUCAUGGAAGCUCACAACAUUUCAGAAGCUGGAAUAUGGAAGUGAAGACAUCAUAGGGUGCAUAAAGGAAAGCAAUGUCAUAGGAAGAGGUGGAUCUGGGGUUGUAUACAGAGGAACCAUGCCAAAUGGAGAGGAAGUGGCUGUGAAGAAAUUGUUGGGAAUCAACAAUGGCUCUUCUCAUGAUAAUGGCUUCUCUGCAGAAAUAAAGACAUUGGGUAGAAUCAGGCACAGGUACAUUGUAAGGUUGCUAGCAUUUUGUUCAAAUAGAGAAACCAAUUUACUUGUUUAUGAUUACAUGCCAAAUGGAAGCUUAGGUGAAGUCUUGCAUGGGAAAAGGGGUGAGUUUCUCAAGUGGGAUACUAGGCUGAAAAUAGCCACAGAAGCUGCAAAAGGACUUUGUUAUUUGCACCAUGAUUGUUCCCCUCUUAUAAUCCAUAGAGAUGUCAAGUCAAACAACAUAUUAUUGAACUCUGAUUUUGAGGCUCAUGUUGCUGAUUUUGGACUUGCCAAGUUCAUGCAAGAUACCGGGACAUCAGAGUGCAUGUCUUCCAUUGCUGGUUCUUAUGGCUAUAUAGCUCCAGAAUAUGCAUACACAUUGAAAGUUGAUGAGAAAAGUGAUGUUUAUAGUUUUGGAGUGGUGUUGCUAGAACUCAUAACAGGGCGAAGGCCAGUGGGGGAUUUUGAUGAAGAAGGAUUAGACAUUGUUCAAUGGACCAAGAUGCAAACAAAUUGGAAUAAAGAGAUGGUGAUGAAGAUCCUUGAUGAGAGGCUACAUCACAUUCCUUUAUAUGAAGCAAAACAAGUGUUUUUUGUGGCUAUGUUAUGUGUUCAUGAACAUAGCGUGGAACGACCAACCAUGAGAGAAGUGGUUGAAAUGCUUGCGCAAGCAAAGUAA